AUCACGAAACACCAAAACUCAAAAUGAAAUCCUUCAUCGUCCUCGCCGUCCUCGUCGCCGCCGCCCUGGCCGCUCCCCUCGACUCCGACAAGAACGCCGUCGUCGUCCGCAGCGACCUCGACAACAUUGGCGUUGAUGGAUUCCAAUGGGCUUACGAGACCUCCAACGGCAUCGCCGCCCAGGAGCAGGCCCAGCUCCAGGGAGCCGGUACCGAGGAUGAAGGCAUCGAGGUCCGCGGCCAAUACUCCUACCUCGGCCCCGACGGUGUCACCUACACCGUGACCUACACCGCUGGCAGGGCCGGUUUCCAGCCCAGCGGCGCCCACAUCCCCCAAUAAGUGACGUCUAGAAAGUGAAAACUUAGAACGACAUUUGGCAACCCCUCAAAUGUUUCAGCAUUGCAAUCGAUAUGGAUCUUGUUAAUAAAGUUUUAGUUUUUAUUUAAUUCAA